CAACCGUGAACGGCGACGUCACCAACCACGGUUUAUGCAUCCGCCCUCCGCUCUUUCGUCCACUGCUCCCCCGUCCAGCCAUUGAUGCGCGUGCUCUGUGUCGCGGAAAAGCCCUCGAUCUCCAAAGCCAUCACUGAAAUCCUAUCGGGCGGGCAGUUCACUACGCGCAACACGAGUGUCGGAUACAUCAAAAACUAUGACUUCGACUACCCCCGGACGCGCGCCCGGAUCACCUUCACAUGCGUCACGGGCCACCUAAUGGCACAGGACUUCCCAGCGGCCUACCGCAGCUGGACGUCGUGCGAUCCGCUCACGCUGUUCGAUGCUCCGGUAGAAACUUCCGUCGCGCAUGACAAGAAGGGGAUCGAGCAGAACUUGCUACGGGAAGCACGGGGUGCGGACACAUUGAUGAUAUGGACGGAUUGCGACCGAGAGGGCGAGCAUAUCGGGUCGGAGAUCCGCAGUGUAUGCCGCAAGGCGAAACCGAAUAUCUUGGUCAAGCGCGCCAGGUUCAGCGCUAUCAUCGGCCAACAAAUUCACAAUGCCGUGCAAAAUCCUGUAGAGCUGGAUCAAGCCCAGGCGGAUGCUGUCCAGGCGCGGAUGUUGCUGGACUUGCGGAUAGGCGCAGCUUUCAGCCGAAUGCAGACACUGAAUCUCCAAAAUGGAAUCCCGCAGAUCAAAGAGCAGAAAUUACUUGUUUCAUACGGCCCCUGUCAAUUUCCGACACUCGGCUUCGUUGUCCAGAGAUACAAGCAGGUCAAGAACUUUGUUCCUGAGCCGUUUUGGUACAUCUACCUGUCUCUGUCGCGACCCAGCUCUUCACAAGGCCACAUCGAAACAGUGUUCAACUGGCGGAGGAAUCAUCUGUUUGACCACGAUGUGGCUGCGGUCAUCUACGAGCACGUGCUCUCCAAUCCUACCGCUCGAGUCACGAAGGUCGUCGAGAAGAAUACUAAGAAAUACAAACCACUCCCACUGACCACAGUCGAAUUGCAAAAGGCCGGCUCUCGACUCUUGAAGCUCGCGCCAAAGAAAGUGCUCGAUAUCGCUGAAUCCCUGUACCAAAAAGGAUUUUUAUCUUAUCCUCGGACGGAAACUGACCAAUUCGAUCCCCAAUUCGACUUUCAUUCACUGAUCGAAAGACACGUUGAUGAUCCUAACUGGGGCACCUUUGCGCGCAAUCUCCAGCAGGGUGGUUUCAAUACGCCCCGUCGGGGGAAGAACAAUGACCAGGCUCAUCCACCCAUCCACCCUACUGCGAAUGUGACCAAUCUGGCCAACGAUGAAAAGCGGGUAUAUGAAUUCAUCACCCGACGGUUCCUCGCUUGCUGCUCAAAAGACGCGGAAGGCUCCCUGACGACGGUGGAUGUUGUCUGCGGCGGCGAAGAUUUCUAUGCGACAGGCCUGGUAGUACACCAGAGGAACUACCUGGAAGUAUAUGUGUAUGACAAGUGGACGGGCAACCGGGUGCCCGACUUUGAAGAGGGAGAGCAAUUCAAUCCUACGGUUUGUGAGUUGCGGGAAGGGAGCACGACUAGUCCAAAGUAUCUGACGGAGGCGGAUCUGGUCACACUGAUGGACAAAAACGGGAUCGGCACCGAUGCGACUAUUGCACAACACAUUGACACGAUCGUCUCUCGAGAAUACGCACUGGAAGAGUUUGAGGGUGGGACGAAAUACCUGAUUCCGUCGACUUUGGGUCUGGGUCUCGUGGAAGGCUAUGAUGAGAUGGGCUUCGAGAAGAGUCUCAGCAAACCCCAUCUGCGACGAGAGACUGAGCGAAACAUUGUUGAAAUCUGCAACGGAACCAAGACCAAAGGAGACGUGCUCGCCGAUAGCGUCGAUCAAUAUCGGGACAUAUUCAUCAGAGCUCGCGGCCAAAUCAACAAGGUCACAGCCAGUGUACAGAGAUUCCUCGAUGGUGCUCGGGUCGGAGAUGGAAGCGCACCUGCACGUGGAAGGGGGAGAGGAAGAGGUCGAGUAAGAGGUGCAGGUCCGGGCCGAGGUGAUGGCGGCGGGGGCGGUGGGAACGGAGAUGGUGGGGCUCCAGGUGGCGGUGGCGCUGCUGGUCGAGGCAAUCCAGCGCCAAGACGGGGAGGUGCACCUGGGCGAAAUAAUCCGCCGGUCACACGGAACAGUCCCCCGCCGUUUGAUCCAGAUGACGACGAUGAUUUCAUGGAUCCUCCUCCUCCUCCAAGACCUCCGGCCCGACAGCCUGCAGGGCGAACAUCCAGAACAAAUGAGCCGCCGCCGAGACAAGUUCAACCGCCACCACUACCACGACAAGCUCAACCAUUAUCAAGACCGACUCAGCCUCCUACCUCAUCCAGUCAAGAGGAUAUUCGAUGCGACUGUGGUGAGCCAGCUGGACAGCGCACUGUGACAAAGGAAAGUGCGACGAAAGGCAAAAAGUUCUGGACGUGUGAUAGCCAGCAAUGUCGUUUCUUCAAAUGGGUGGAGGAUGUCGGUGGUCCCAGCUCAGUUCCUGCGAAACGAACUUAUUCUGGGCGGGAAGCAGAACCUACUGGUGACAGGAAAUGCAAGUGUGGAGAGGAAGCGGUUCAGCGAACAGUGGUCAAAGAGGGCGACAACAAGGGCCGCAAGUUCUGGAACUGCGGCAGUGCCCAAGAUUGCGACUUCUUUGAAUGGGAUGACGCAGUCCGACCUGCUUCGUCGUCGAUGGGCGCAGGUCCCAGCCGAGACCAAGAUGUUUGCUACAAGUGCAAUCAAUCAGGCCACUGGGCUUCAUCCUGUCCGAAUGGCAGUACUUCAGACAACAGCCGUUUCUCUCGAUCAAACGAAUCACGGCCUGGCUCAUCGUCCAUGAGUGCAAGUUCCGGCACCGUUUGCUAUAAGGUGUGCUGGCUGAUUCCCUUCUCAAAAAUCUUCCUGACAAGUCGAAGUGCAAUGAAUCGGGUCACUGGGCAUCUGGUUCGGGUCAGUUUUCGCCAUUUCCUCUCGACUGAAUGUAUCCAGCAUGUCCCAAUGGUGGUGCUCCAGACAAACGGUCCCGGUCUUUCGGCUCGAAGCCCAGCGGCAACAGUGGACCAGUCGGCGCCUGCUUCAAGUGCAAUCAGGAAGGUCAUUACAGUGCCGACUGCCCUACUAGCGGUGGCAGCAGGUCGAAAGGCAGGCAGGACUCAUCAGCUGGGGGUCUCAGCUGUUUCAAAUGCGGAGAAUCCGGCCAUUUCUCCAAUGCGUGUCCCUCGUCUGGAGGUGGCGGAUCCAGCUCAUACAAACGCACGUCAAGCGAUCGCGGGUCUUCAAAACCACACUGUACUUUUAGAUUACGUAGCCAAAUUCACCUUCGCGUCCACGACGUGUUAUUUGUCUCUAUUACUCAACCCACCCCUCACCUCACACCAUGACCAGCAUUACACGCAACUUCCCUGGUUCAUCCGCGACCUAGGUGUGUCCAUAGUCGGCAAAGAAUGCUACACGUCACUCGUUGAAAAUCUUAACAUUGGCGACGUACAAUGCAUCAAGUACUCCAUUUCAAAGGGUUUAGGAAUCGGAAUUGUAUUGGGAGGCUCUAUAAUGAAAGUACCACAACUUCUCAUAAUUGUACGCUCACAGUCCGCGCGCGGACUGUCACUGCCCUCCUACAUCCUGGAGACCCUCUCCUACGCUAUCACGCUCGUUUACGCUCAGCGGAACGAAUAUCCGUUCUCGACAUACGGCGAGAACCUCUUCCUGACGAUCCAGAACAUCGUCAUCACACUGCUGAUCAUCCUAUACGCCCCUCGCGCGCGGGACAAGACGACCAACGCGGUGAUGGCGUGCCUGGCGCUGCUCGUGUUCUUCCUGUCGGCAUCGCUGGUGUCGAUGGACGUGCUUGCAAUGAUGCAGCUUGCGACCCUGCCGCUGUCGCUGUUCUCUAAGCUGCCGCAGAUCCGGCAGAACUACACCUCCCAGUCGACGGGCAACCUCUCCGCAUUUGCGGUGUUUGCGCAGAUCGCGGGCUGUGCCGCGCGGCUGUUUACGACGGCGAUGGAGGUCAACGAUCCCAUCGUUGCGGCGGGCUUCCUGCUUGCUCUCCUGCUGAAUAUCGUGUUGGGUGUGCAGCUGUCGCUGUACUGGGGACGUGACGAUGCAGUGGCUGCGAAAAGCAAGUCCAACGCUGUUGUCGCCGAUAAAGUCCGGGCGUCGCCCGUGCCGGCCGCAUACGAGUCUGUGCCAUUGCAGCAGCGGGCUGCGACGCCGCCGCCCGGGUCACCGUCGAUGAGCGGUCGCAAAUGGGCUCGCAAGGUGGAUUGAAACUUCUGCUGUCUAAAUCCGGUGUUCUUAUGAGGGUGAUGCAAUUGCAAGCUCUUACGCGAUCAGUGAACCGCGUGUUGUUGCAAGGCGGAUGGGCCAUGGCGCAGCCAGCGGACUAAAGGGGAUUUGGCUCCGGUCCACAUGCGCAGAUGCUCCGGCGGCGAAAGCGUUGGCAGUCCUUCUGGACGAGCAUCGGUCCCGCCUGCCGAAGAGGAUGAGGCACUCUUCGAUAUGGGCUCGGCGAUAGAAGUAGAACACUACUGGGAGACGAGCUCUGGAAGUCUCGCUAACUGCAGCCUCGAUGUAGGAGCCGGGUGCCGGCAGGAGGCGGCACAUAUAUAUGCGUCGGAGCAGGAUCGGCCCGGCGCUGCGCUCCACAGGUUAAACGAUGUUCCCUGAGGCUGCGACGAGGAUAUCAGGAAACACGUCUUGUUCUUCGUGUCCGGGGUCAAUGGUCAUCAUCCUGGGAGAGUGCCACUCUGAGUGCAUGACAGUUGCCCGAUUACGAGGAGAUGUGAUUGAUUCGCGCAGUCUGCUUGUUCUCUGCGCGUGCUUGAGUAAUUGCCUACCUUUGCGUGCAGGGCGUUGUUAAAGUGUAAGACGUGUGCGGCCGACGAGCGGCGUAGCUCAGCACCUCCCAUGAAAUGAACAGUUCGAAGCGUUAUCUGAUCUGCUGGCGGCAAAAUUUACUGCGUCAAUCAGAACUCUUGGCCUGGUUCGAGCAACGUACAGCGCGCAAAGGUUGUUGUGAUUCCGGUCGACAUCCUUUGCCAUCCCCGCGCGCGGGUGGCUGCGUCCGAGCAAAUGCUCUACCUUUCGCUGUGUCGACGCCCCGUUGUCAGGCGCUCGUGCUCAAAUUCUAGCAUUGAGUCGGGCUGCUUGUUUUUGGGAACAAGGUUCGAUCGCAGUGUUGCUUUCCCGUACUUACUAGCGCGAUCUCGCGCCUUAUUCUCUCAACUGCGCGCCCAUGAGUACUGAUUUGCUGGUCAUUCUUCUUGCUGGAUUAUCCGGGCCGGGCUGCGCGCCUUAGGCGACGGAGCCACGUGAAUUUGCGUAUCAACUCUUUGAUGGGACGCAUGAGUCACUGAGGAUGAUGAGGGGAAGACGCGGUGGAAGUUGGGAAGGCGGUUGCACAAUGACGUACCCGGCGUCGUUUGCCG